AUGAGAUUUAUCGCCAUGGUGGCGGCACUGGCACAGUCGGACGUCUCCUUCAGUUUGGGGCGACAAGGGCCCUUGAUCCCCACUCACAGCAGCAGCGGCAGCAGCAGCAGCAGCAGCAGCUUUCUCGACGACUGGAUCUCGGCGGUUCUGGCACUCUGGAAGGGGGGAAAGAGUGAUAUUGGACCUUUUGCUGGCUGGAUGGCGAUGAAGGAUAGAAGCACGCGCAAGUAG